AUGGAGAAGCGGGGGGUGGAGCCCGAGCCGGAAGGCGGCCGCGACGAGGAAGAGGACGCGGCUCCAGCUAUGGAACGGGCGGAGGCGGGGGUGGCCGGCGGCUCGCCGGGUGCGCGGGGGCUUGAGGAACCCGGCGGCCUCCCUUGGAUUCAUGAUCAAGUGGUACCCGCAGGAAGUUCUUCAUCUAGAGUCAUAGUACACGUGGAUCUGGAUUGCUUUUAUGCACAAGUAGAAAUGAUCUCAAAUCCAGAACUAAAGGACAAACCUUUAGGGGUUCAGCAGAAAUAUUUGGUGGUUACCUGCAACUAUGAAGCUAGGAAGCUUGGAGUUAAGAAACUUAUGAAUGUCAGAGAUGCUAAAGAAAAGUGUCCACAGCUAGUAUUGAUUAAUGGAGAAGACUUGACUCGUUACAGAGAGAUGUCAUAUAAGGUUACAGAGUUAUUGGAAGAAUUUAGUCCAGUUGUUGAGAGACUUGGGUUCGAUGAAAAUUUUGUGGAUCUCACAGAAAUGGUGGGGAAGAGACUACAGCAGCUUCAAAGUGACGAGCUUGCAGCACUGACUGUGUCUGGUCAUGUGUACAAUAAUCAGGCUGUAAACCUGCGUGACCUCUUGCACGUCAGACUGCUGGUUGGAUCUCAGAUUGCAGCAGAGAUGCGGGAAGCCAUGUACAUUCAGCUGGGUCUCACUGGCUGCGCUGGAGUGGCUUCUAAUAAAUUACUGGCAAAAUUAGUUUCUGGUGUCUUUAAACCAAAUCAACAAACAGUCUUAUUACCUGAAAGUUCUCAAGAUCUCAUUCAUAGUUUGAACCACAUAAAGGAAAUCCCUGGUAUUGGGUAUAAAACUGCCAAACGUCUGGAAGCACUGGGUAUCAGUAAUGUGCGUGAUCUUCAGACUUUUUCAUCCAAAAUAUUAGAAAAGGAAUUAGGAAUUUCAGUUGCUCAGCGUAUCCAGAAGCUCAGUCUUGGAGAGGACCACUCUCCUGUGACGCCCUCAGGGCCACCUCAGUCCUUUAGUGAAGAAGAUUCACUUAAAAAAUGUUCAUCAGAAAUUGAAGCUAAAAAUAAGAUUGAAGAACUACUUGCUAGUCUUUUAAACAGAGUCUGCCAAGAUGGAAGGAAGCCACAUACAGUAAGGUUAAUAAUCCGUCGGUAUUCAUCUGAGAAGCACUGUAGCCGUGAGAGUCGGCAGUGCCCUAUUCCAUCCCACGUGAUUCAGAAGUUAGGGACAGGAAAUUAUGAUGUGAUGACCCCAAUGGUUGAUAUACUUAUGAAACUGUUUCGAAAUAUGGUGAAUGUGAAGAUGCCAUUUCAUCUUACCCUUUUAAGUGUGUGCUUCUGUAACCUUAAAGCAUUAAAUACUGCAAAGAAAGGGACUAUUGAUUAUUACUUAACACCAUCACUAUCAACAACUUCACGCUCUGGCAAGCGUAGUUUUAAAAUGAAAGACACUCAUAUGGAGGAUUUUUCCAAAGACAAAGAAACAAAUUGGGAUUUUCUACCAACUGGAAGAAUUGAGAGUACAAGAACUGGGGAAUCUCCACCAGAUACUACAAAGUUUUCUAGAGAAAAAGACAGUAAUGAAUUCCCACUCUUGUCACUUCCUGAGGGUAUUGACCAAGAAGUCUUUAAGCAGCUUCCAGUAGAUAUUCAAGAAGAAAUCCUUUCUGGGAAAUCUAAAGAAAAAGUUCAAGGGAAAGGAAGUUCGAGUUGUCCAUUACAUGCUUCUAGAGGAAUAUUAUCUUUUUUUUCUACAAAACAAAUGCAAGAUGGCUCUUUAAAUCCUAGAGAGCGUUUAUCCAAUAGCAAACAGAUAUCCUCUGUAUCUCCCUGUGAACCAGGAACAUCAGGUGUAAGUAGCAGUAGUUCCUCUUACCUGUCUAGCCCAAAGGAUUAUUCACAUUAUUUAGACAGUAGCUUAAAAGAUGAACGAAUGAGUCAAGGACCGAAAGAAUCUCAAGGAUUCCACUUUUCAAAUACAAACCCUGCUGUAUCUGUUUUCCAUUCAUUUCCAAAUUUGCAGAGUGAGCAACUUUUCUCCAAAAACCGCAUUACAGAUAGCCAUAAGCAACCGCUGGCAACAGUCUCUCAUCAUGAAGGACUUACAGAAAAUAGAGAGCAAGAUUCUACUGAUGAGAAAAUUACUUUUCCUUCUGACAUUGAUCCCGAAGUUUUCUAUGAACUACCAGAAGAGGUACAAAAAGAACUGUUGGCUGAUUGGAAGAGAACAGGAUCAGAUUUCCACACUACAUAAAUAAGCAUGUUCAGAAAAAAGGGAAAGACCAUUGUUCUCAGAUUAGCAGUUUAUUAAGCUCUUUUAAAUUGAACACUAAUAGAUACUUUCAAUAAUGUAGAAAUACAAUAUAAAAUGUUCCAUAUCAAGCACAGUUAUGGGAAGUAAAUUCUGGCACAAAGCAUAAAAAUAUAACAAGAAAUAAUGUAAACUAUUACCUUCCUCAUAUUUCUAAAGCUAUUUUAUAUUGCUUUUGAAUAAAAAGAGUAUCAUGGUCAGUGUUAGUACAUUUUCCAUAAAUUGUGGAAACACUGGGAGGAAGAUAUAUAUGCCUGUAUAUAAAAAAUAAAAUGGCCAAAUCAUUGCUAUGCUAUAGCAAAGAACAGGUUUUUUUUCUAUGAAAUACAGAAUUGCUCAAGAAAUUCACUCCUUUAGGAAAUAGCCAUGGGGAAUUCUACUGCCAACUAACCUAUUAAAAAUGUAUAUGUCUUUGACUAAAGUACUAUGUACAUUUGAUAAGUUGAUUUUUUUUUUAAUGCUGAAGCAGUGUGUUUUCAAUUAAUGCUUCUUAAUACACCUAGAACCUACCAUAAUGCCUGGCACACAGAGUUGCUCAGUAAAUACUGAAUGAAUAAAUUGUGUGGCAGGGGUCCAGUGGGGACUUAGGCAGGAAUGUAUAUGUUGUAAGGAACUAGAAAGACCUCUCCAUACAGGUCAAUUAAGGGAAGGAUGACACCAGAAUUCAAAGUGAUAGGUCUUUAAGAAUGUAAGGUAAUAGAAGAAGUCCAUUUCCUCUGGCCAGUCUGCAGGGUCUAAAAGCAGUGGGUUAGAUGGUUUUGAAUCUCCUCUACGUUUUUGUAGACGAAGAUUUAGAGAUGAGAUUAAGGAUGUCAUACCCACAACAAAUACACACAGUUACUAAAUUGAUGGGUAUCCUCUUUCUCCUUUUGUUGUUGCGUUUGCCUUUUGCCUGCUGCAUUAAACAUCAGAUACAAGAUUGUGGGCACAGAGAAUGUUUCUAGAACACACCAAAAUAUCCCUUAGCACUGAUUUGGAGGCAUUUUCUCAAGUUUAUAUCCUUCCGGGAUGUAAUCUAAAGAAAAGAUAAUAAAAAUAAAAGUAUACAAACACGAAUGAAAGCAGCUUAAAGUUUCAUUUAGGUAAGAACUUUUAGUUUUAGAUUUCUUGAAAUGUGAAAAUUCCCUAACAAGGAUUUUUAACAGGGAGUUUGGGGUUAUCAAAGACAAUAACUUGGAGCAAGAAUAUCAGAAAUUAUUCACCACGUAAAUAUUUAGCGCUCUGGAUCAACGACUAUAAAAUUUUUUACAUGUAGUAUUCUGGUAAAGUUGUUAAACUCGUAGGGAAGCGUAUAUUACUUUUUCAUAUAAUACAUGUUUUAAAAUUUUCUAAGAAUCCUUGUAAUUAUUUCAGCCAGAAAUCAUUGGACAACUGGAAAGUUAAAAAAAAAGUUUAAGAAAAUUAAACAGUUUGGGUCAGUUUAAAAAGAGAACAUAAAGUAGUAGUUAAAAGUGUAUUUUCUGAAGUGAGUAAAAGAGGUAUAUCACCAACUCUGCUGCUUAGUCUGUGGCCUCAAGUUAGUCUUUCAACAUCUUUGUACCUCAGCAUCUGACAUAUUAUCUUUUAUCUCUACUUUUAAUAAAAUCUUUUUUUCCCCUCUUAGAUGUUCCACAGGUACACUGUAAUGUUUGGAGAUGUGAGUUUAUUUUUAUUUAUUCUUGGCAUAGGCUGGCUUCAUGUAUCUUUCAGUUCAUUUUAGUUCUGUAGAAUUUUUAACCACUAGCUCUUCAAAUGUUGCUUCUCUAUUCUUUUGGGACUCUGCACAAAGGUGGAAUUUUUUACUCUUAUCUUUCAUGUCCCUUGCUCUCUCGUAUUUUUCAUCAUCUUGUUUAUCUUUGCUGCAUUUUGGUUAAUUUCAUCAGCCUGUUUCUUAUUUACUGAUUAAUUUUUCAGCAGUGUCUGAUCUAUUUAAAACAUUAAUAAUGGUUUUAAUUUUCAGUAAUUACAUUUUUCAUUUGAGUAUUUUUCUGAUUCUCCUGUUUAUUCAUUAGUCUUUUGUAAGUCCAUUUCUAAUUUUAUAAUUUUUAUAAAUAUUUCACAUUCUCUUUCUUAUCAUUUCAAUAUUUUAAGACUUAGAAGUCUGAAGUUUUGGAUUUGUUGUGUACCGUUUUGACUUGUUUUCUUUAGUGCACGGCUGAGCGUAAUCUGUGGGAAGACAAAAGACCUAACUUGGGUAUGCUUCCCUUCAGAUAUGAUUUGGUUUGCUUCCAGUGAGGCAGUACCAACCCACUGGCUCCACUGUAUCCCCUUCAGCGUUUUUGGCUGAAUGCAGUUGUCUUUGUCUUAUUUUCAGCUCCCUAACCUUGCUACACUAUCCGAAGAUUUUAUCUCCAGAGGUCGGCUGCAGGCUGCUAUCUGCAUUUGCCUUUAGGGUGAACUCCACCUUUCAGGUUUGCUUCUUGCCCAUACUUCCUGCUCCUUUCCUGCUUUUGUUUCAGCUCAUUUUUUUUUUCCCCUCUGUGUGAGUGUAGAGGGGUGGGGCCUAGAAAUUUCCCUUAUAUAGUACAACUCAGUGAUGAAUUAACAAGUCUGUUUUCUCCAGAAUCUAAUAUUUUGUAGGGAGAACUCUUAAGAUUGUCUGUCUCACCACAGUGCAGAAGUACAAGUCUGUUUGGAUUUAUUUUUCCCAUUUUAUUUUGUACUUUCUCUUUCUUUUUCUAUGCUUUCUAUGCUUCUUUCCCAUCCUUAUUCCUUUCCUGUCUUCUUUUUGAAUUGGUUGAAUUUUCUAUUUUAUACUUUCCUUCUACUGAUUUGAAAUUUAAACAUCCUAAGUUUCUCAUUACCCUUAAAAAUUUAACAAACUUAACAUCUAAAGAUGGUAAAUAUCUGUACCCUUUUCCCAAACAACACAAAGAUGUUAAAAUAUAUUAAUUUUAAUCAAGUUCCUCUAGUUCUUUAUAUCAGCUCCAAGUUCAGUAUUAUUAAUAUUUUAUAUAAUUAAUGUUUGGGUUUACCCAUAUGUUUAUCUUUUUGGGAGGCUCACCUUUUUUUUUCUUGCAUCUCAACAUUCCUUCAAAGUAUAAUUAUUUUAACUUUCUGCAACAUGUCUUCAGAACUGUGGAUUUAGAAUUGACUUCUGUUGGACUGUUUUAAGAUACUUAAAAAAUAAAAGAAGUAUUUUUAUCUUU